AUGGCUUUUGGCGGGCGUGCCCUUCACAUGGACAUUGUGCGCAGCCACGAAGGCUGGUUACCGGGGGCACUGUCAUCUACGCGAUAUUACUGGGAGUCUGAUAUUUGCCCAAAUGACAGGUGGAACGCCUGUGGAUGCAAAGAAACACCUCCGGAAGAGUACAAAGUUGGCAUCAUGGGCUUCCUGUUGUCAUGUAAACAAGCCUACACCGAAGGCAUUGAUAUCCUGUACUCUACCAACAUCAUCACCAUCCAGACCACGGUUUUACUCUUCUACCUUCCGAUCUCAUCCUACCCAGCCGACUCGCCUGUAUCACAUAACCUGGAGCCCAUCCUCAACAACAUCGUCUCGAGCUGCCGCCAACUACGCAGCCUAUGCAUCAGUCUCAAGGGUUGCACAAGCGAACCCAAAAAAAAAUGA